AUGAAGGUCACCAAGGAUACAGUUACAAUUAGUGACCGAAAGCAUAGUGGUUCAAAUAGACAUACUGUUCAACUGAAAGAUGCUGAUCCAAAUGAGCUUCAGCUUUUUAUUGAAAAGUUGCCCGCCUCUAUCAAAGGUAAGACUAAGAGUAUGAAAUGUAAUUUCCAAUACUUUUUUUAAUUUUGGUUUUGCAACAAAGAGGCGCAUGGUUGAACCUCUAGCUGUACGUGAUGUAGUGUAUAGAUACAGGCAGAUCAAGCUUAUGGCGAGAGUUCAGUACUUAGUUUGGUUGUUAUAAAGCCCUACAGGUGCAGUCAGACAAUGAUACAGGCAGCCCAAGCUUAUGGUGUCAGUAGUUAGUUAGGUUUUGGUUUUUGAUUUAUGAUAAAACCCGUACAUAUGUAUGGAUACAGGCAGCCCAAGCUUAUGGUGUCAGUAGUUAGUUAGGUUUUGGUUUUUGAUUUAUGAUAAAACCCGUACAUAUGUAUGGAUACAGGAAGCCCAAGCUUAUGGUGUCAGUAGUUAGUUAGGUUUUGGUUUUUGAUUUAUGAUAAAAUCCGUACAUAUGUAUGGAUACAGGCAGCCCAAGCUUAUGAUGUGACUAGUUAGUUUUGGUUUUGGUUUUUGAAUUUGAAGGCAUAUUGGUUAAACCUGUACAGGUAGUCAGGCAAUGAUACAGGCAGCCCAAGCUGUUGGUGUGAGAAGUUAAAUAGUCUGUAGGUUUUGAUUUUUGAAUUUAAAGACAUAUGGUUAAACCUCUGUUCAUGUGCAAGGGUAACGGGGCUGUAAUUAUUAAAAGUUUUAAGUGAAAUUUUCAGACACAAUGAUGAGCCAGUUAUAAAAGCAGAGUUUCAUUUAAACGGUGUUAAACAAAAUCGCGUUGUGAACGCUUUUAAAUUUUGGCCUAAAUUCGGCCUUUUCGUGUCUGUUACGACGCAAAAAAUUAUAAUUGAUAGAAUUAACGCAAAAUGUAAUGACAUUAAGCAUUUUAAAACAGCUUUCUGUACGUGAUGUAGUGUAUAGAUACAGGCAGAUCAAGCUUAUGGCGAGAGUUCAGUAGUUAGUUUGGUUGUUAUAAAGCCCUACAGGUGCAGUCAGACAAUGAUACAAGCAGCCUAAGCUUAUGGUGUCAGUAGUUAGUUAGGUUUUGGUUUUUGAAUUAUGAUAAAACCCGUACAUAUGUAUGGAUACAGGAAGCCCAAGCUUAUGGUGUCAGUAGUUAGUUUGGGUUUGGUUUUUGAAUUAUGAUAAAACCCGUACAUAUGUAUGGAUACAGGAAGCCCAAGCUUAUGGUGUCAGUAGUUAGUUUGGGUUUGGUUUUUGAAUUAUGAUAAAACCCGUACAUAUGUAUGGAUGCAGGCAGCCCAAGCUUAUGGUGUGACUAGUUAGUUUUGGUUUUGGUUUUUGAAUUUGAAGGCAUAUUGGUUAAACCUGUACAGGUAGUCAGGCAAUGAUACAGGCAGCCCAAGUUGUUGAUGUCAGAAGUUAAAUAGUCUGUAGGUUUUGAUGUUUGAAUUUAAAGACAUAUGGUUAAACCUCUGUUCAUGUGCAAGGGUAACGGGGCUGUAAUUAUUAAAAGUUUUAAGUGAAAUUUUCAGACACAAUGAUGAGCCAGUUAUAAAAGCAAAGUUUCAUAUAAACGGUGUUAAACAAAAUUGCGUUCUGAACGCUUUUAAAUUUGGUCUACUUUCGGCCUUUCCGUAUCUGUUACGCUGCAAAAUAUUAUAAUUGAUAGAAUUAACGCAAAAUGUAAUGACAUUAAGCAUUUUAAAACAGCUUUCUGAACAAAAUGUAGGAAUUGCAUAACGCAAAGUGUAACAAAUUUUUAGCUCAAAACGUAAUGACUUCUUCUGUUACAAAGCAAAAUGUAAUAAAUAAAGCUGUUAAGAAAAAGAAAACCUGUCAAGCGUGAGCGUGUAAGCCUCCUUUUUAAGGAUUGUCACGAGACCCGCCAUAUCAAGGUGUUCGAUGCAAAAAUUAUUGCGCUUUAUUGAAUCGAAAAAUCUUUGAAUAUUUCUUUGCACACUUUCGGAAGGGUAAAUAAUCGAGCAAUUAAAAUUACCAAACGAGAUGAGUCUAAGAAAAACUAUUUUUUUUACCCCUUCUAUACCUGUUCUUUCAAUAGCCUUACCGUGUUUAGUCGAUUACAUGUAAACGCUGCCCUGGACUAAACGUUCAAUUAACGCUGUUCUCAAAUAAUCGCCGCACACAACCAGAGGAAUGCGGCGUUUAUUCGAAGAUUACAAAAAAACUCGGUACAAUUGGUAGUCUACACCGACCCUAACCACAAGUUGCUCCAAAAUGUCAAAAAAGUUGCCCGAAGUUGCUUGAAUUUCACAAAAAGUUGCUCCUUAAGUAAAAUCAAAAUGACAUGAGUGACAGCCAUUUUCGCGUUUUUAAGACAAACGCCGCUAGUUAAUUACAAUAAUGCAAUUCAAAACUACUUCCUUCUUUGCCCUGCUUGUAAACACAACUGCUACAGGUGACAUUCAAACGUACAAAUGUGGAAUGUCUUUUGUUUUCCUGCGCAAUAAGAGUACUUAAUUAAGUGAUUUUACUUUACACGUGAUUGCCGAGAAAUAGUUCAUGACAAUUAUAUAUCACCAAAUAGUUACAAUAAAGGAAAAAAUUCGUAUUGGUCGCAUAAAUCAGUCAGUAUCGUGUGAAAAAGAACACUGUGAGUCGAAAUUCCUUCAUGAGAUCAAUAUCUUUGUUCUCUUUGGUUUUCUAGCUAUUGCAGCGUUUUCAGGCUUACUUAGAUUUGCAUCAAGCUUUUUGGCUUCGCUGACAGUAGUCAGAGUCAGAGAGUUGGAAUUUUCUUCCUCUAAACUAACUGAAGAUUCAGUGUUUGCCAUCAUUAUGAAAAAGGCACGAACCGCUGACCCCAAACCGCGGGUAGUUUAACUGAGAAACAGGGGUAGGUGUUAGGUGGCUGAGGAGUGGGGCGUGGGGCACAAAUUUCGAUUUUCACGUUGUUAAAUGAUAUCUAUAAUUAUAACAUUAAAGAACUGAAAUGUUCUUAUAAGGAUACAUAACAAGGCUUAAACAGUAUCAUAGGACUGUUUAAUUGCCUUAUGUUGCUUAAAAUUUAAUCAAGUUGCCCUAAAAAGUAAACGUUGCUCCAAAAGGUGCCAAAAAGUUGCCUGGGCAAGUUGUGGCUGUGGCUAGUCUACACCAUCCAGACUAUUACAAUUCUAUCUUAAAAAUUAAGAAACACUGCGGCUUUUUUUAUACGGUAUAUCACGCUGGUUCCUACAUGCUUGUGCUUAUAGUUAACGUGAUAUUUCAUGGCUUUAGAUUUUGGUCAAAACACAGCCGGUAUAUAAUCCCGGAUUACUAAGUUUUGACUAAUAUUUAUCGGAUCAUUAUACGUCUCUGGGAAACUGCCCACCUACCCCUCCCCUAAAGUUAAAUGUCCUCCUUCACCACAGGAUAGGAUAUAUAUUCACGAUUCGUUUUUCUUUCAGUCUGUGUAAAAGGACAUAAGGACCUCUUAUGUGCCUUGCAAUAAGGAAUGCAACAUAGAAAGUUUCUCUUAGCCACUUUUCAGUGCAUGUAACUUUUAUCGGUAUAGAAGUGACUAAGUUUUUACUUUGACUUUUUUUAUACGUGUAGCUGAAGAAUUUAGUUUUUGUAUUUUACAUUGUCACAUCUCCAGUUUAAUAAAACGUUGUUACAAUUUGCGUUCAAAACUCGUUACAUUUGCGUUAAAACGUUUUUGCAUUUUGCAUUAAAGGUUUUUACAUUACGAGUUCAUGUGAUUAUGUUACAUUUUUCUUCAGGCCUCGGUUGUUCAAAGGCUGGAUAGCGCUAUCCACCGGAUAAAUCUCUAUCCAGUGGAUAGUGUAAUUAGUUUCCCCGAUACUUAUCCAUUGGAUAGUGAUUUACCCGGUGGAUAGCGCUAUCCACCUGAUAAAUCUCUAUCCAGUGGAUAGUGUAAUUAGUUUCCCCAAUACUUAUCCAUUUGAUAGUGAUUUACCCGGUGGGUAGCGCUAUCCACCGGAUAAAUCUUUAUCCAGUGGAUAGUGUAAUUAGUUUCCCCAAUACUUAUCCAUUGGAUAGUGAUUUACCCGGUGGAUAGCGCUAUCCACCGGAUAAAUCUUUAUCCAGUGGAUAGUGUAAUUAGUUUCCCCAAUACUUAUCCAUUUGAUAGUGAUUUACCCGGUGGAUAGCGCUAUCCACCGGAUAAAUCUUUAUCCAGUGGAUAGUGUAAUUAGUUUCCCCAAUACUUAUCCAUUUGAUAGUGAUUUACCCGGUGGAUAGCGCUGUCCACCGGAUAAAUCUCUAUCCAGUGGAUAGUGUAAUUAGUUUCCCCAAUACUUAUCCAUUGGAUAGUGAUUUACCCGGUGGGUAGCGCUAUCCACCGGAUAAAUCUCUAUCCAGUGGAUAGUGUAAUUAGUUUCCCCAAUACUUAUCCAUUGGAUAGUGAUUUACCCGGUGGAUAGCCCUAUCCACCGGAUAAAUCUCUAUCCAGUGGAUAGUGUAAUUAGUUUCCCCAAUACUUGUCCAUUUGAUAGUGAUUUACCCGGUGGAUAGCGCUAUCCACCGGAUAAAUCUCUAUCCAGUGGAUAGUGUAAUUAGUUUCCCUAAUACUUAUCCAUUGGAUAGUGAUUUACCCGGUGGAUAGCGCUAUCCACCGGAUAAAUCUUUAUCCAGUGGAUAGUGUAAUUAGUUUCCCCAAUACUUAUCCAUUUGAUAGUGAUUUACCCGGUGGAUAGCGCUAUCCACCGGAUAAAUCUCUAUCCAGUGGAUAGUGUAAUUAGUUUCCCCAAUACUUAUCCAUUGGAUAGUGAUUUACCCGGUGGAUAGCGCUUUCCACCGGAUAAAUCUCUAUCCAGUGGAUAGUGUAAUUAGUUUCCCCAAUACUUAUCCAUUUGAUAGUGAUUUACCCGGUGGAUAGCGCUAUCCACCGGAGAAAUCUCUAUCCAGUGGAUAGUGUAAUUAGUUUCCCCAAUACUUAUCCAUUGGAUAGUGAUUUACCCGGUGGAUAGCGCUAUCCACCGGAUAAAUCUCUAUCCAGUGGAUAGUGUAAUUAGUUUCCCCAAUACUUAUCCAUUUGAUAGUGAUUUACCCGGUGGAUAGCGCUAUCCACCUGAUAAAUCUCUAUUUGGGAUAGUGUAAUUAGUUUCCCCAAUACUUAUCCAUUGGAUAGUGAUUUACCCGGUGGAUAGCGCUAUCCACCUGAUAAAUCUCUAUCCAGUGGAUAGUGUAAUUAGUUUCCCCAAUACUUAUCCAUUUGAUAGUGAUUUACCCGGUGGGUAGCGCUAUCCACCGGAUAAAUCUUUAUCAGCUGCUAUAGGGGUUGUAACUCGGCUUCGCAAGCUGAAGACGUUUUACAAACAAGCAAUGUUAAGUGACAAUUGGGCGAAAGAAACUAUUCUAAAUUUCAUUUUAUUCAUCAAUAUUUCGUUUAUGCACAGCUGUCACUCAGUUUCAAGACAAGAAAUGCAGUGCAUUUUCUGUUAAGUCAAGGUUUUUUUUAGGUAAAACCAUAUGCUCCUGGUAAAACGUAGUCUGUUUGCCCAUUUUACUCAAGUGAUUUCGAUUGCUUUGUAUCGUUUUUGAAUUAUCCUUUCAGAAAAAAUGCAGGAUCUACGCGAAGCAAACUCGACAAGCCGACCCUCAGAAUUAGAAAGACAGUUGAGGGAUUUCCAGAGGCAGUUAAGAGAUGCGCAACAACGCGAAGAGAAUUUACAAAGACAGUUUAGAGAGCUUCAGGAACGGGAACAAAGCUCUCAAAGGCAGCUCACGGAGUCGCGGCAACGUGAACAAAAUUUGCAGCGGCAACUCAGAGAGCUUCAGGAACGGGAACAGGGCUCUCAAAGGCAGCUCACGGAGUCGCGGCAACGUGAACAAAAUUUGCAGCGGCAACUCAGAGAGCUUCAGGAACGGGAACAGAGCUCUCAAAGGCAGCUUACGGAGUCGCGGCAGCGUGAACAAAAUUUGCAGCGGCAACUUAGAGAGGUUCAAGAACAGGAGCAAAAUUCUCAAAGGCAGCUAACGGAGUUUCAGAGACAGUUGAGAAAUUGCCAAGAACAAGUUUCUGAACUACAGUUAAGUCUUUCAACAGCUCAGCUAACAAUAAAUCAAUUACGCAGCCAGGAAACACGUGACUGGGUUAUUCCCCGCGACGAAAUCCAAAUCCCAGAGAAAUGCCUAGGGAGGGGAGGAUGGGGAAGUGUCAAUGAGGGAACGUAUUGUGGCUGUACUGUAGCAGUAAAACAAAUUCAUGAUCUGAUUCUCUCCCCUCAUAACAUACAUCUUUUUGAGAGAGAAAUGAAUAUUGCAUCCAAGUGCCGCCAUCCUCACUUGCUACAGUUUAUCGGCGCCACGAAAGAUGAGGGAACUCCGCUAUUUGUCACCGAGCUGAUGGAGAAAAGUCUGCGAACGCUGUUGGAACAGCGACAACUCUCCGAAACGGAAGUAGCCGUCAUUUCCCUGGAUGUUGCUCUUGCGCUGAACUACCUACAUCAGAAGAAACCAGAAUCCAUUAUUCAUCGUGACGUCAGUAGUGCCAAUGUGUUGCUAUGGCGAUAA